AUGUCCCUCUCGAGAACCCCUUCACCAAGACCAAACGGAGGAUGGUCAUCUAGGGGUCUGACCGACAGCAGAGAUUCUUCGCCACGCAGCUUCGGCGAGAUGAACAACCUCAGCAACACAGAAGACCAGUGGGCCGCUGCCAGGGCCAAAAGCCAAAGAGUGAGGGGUGGUCCUACCAUCCAGACUAAAAAUGAGGGCUUCUUUCAGAGAUCUCGUCGGAAAAUCUCUCAGACCCUGCCAUUACCGGCCUUCCACAGAUCGGGCCCCAAAAUACCGAAAGAUUGGCGCGAAGCAGAGAAACUCGGGCGCGGAAGGUGGACGCCAGGAGGUGGCAGCGGUGUCACGCGACUAAAAACCUUCGUUGGCAAUGUAUUACGGAGGUUCAAAUUUGUCUUUAUUGUAUUGGCCAUCGUCGCCAGUAGCACUGUACUGAUAUCGCAGACCGGGAUGAAACAGCAAUACCGCGCGAGCAAGUCUUUAGGUGGAGGCAGUAACUUUGUCAUAAUACUAGCAGCCAACGAAGGUGGCGGCGUCAUGGAGUGGAAAGGGCCUCGAGAAUGGGCCAUCGAGCGAGACAGCAUCCGCAACAAGCGCAAGUAUGCCGACCGAUGGGGUUAUCACCUCGAAAUCGCCGACAUGAGCACCAAGAAGAGAUAUGCACACGAAUGGCGUGAGAGCUGGGAGAAGGUCGACACGAUGCGCAACGCCAUGGCUAAAUAUCCCAAGGCCGAGUGGUUCUGGUGGCUCGAUCUCAACACCUUCAUCAUGGAGCCGUCGUACUCGCUGCAGUCACACAUCUUUAAUCACCUUUCACGCGCCGUCUAUCGCGACAUCAACCACUACAAUCCACUGAACAUUACCCAUCCGCCCGUCAAUCCCACCCUCGACCCUGUCACAUCAUCUCCUUCCGGCGACAAUUCAUCCGCCAGCAUCGACCUGAUCAUCACCCAAGACUGUUCAGGAUUCAACCUGGGGAGCUUUUUUGCCCGCCGAUCCGCGUUCACUGACCGCCUCUUCGACAUCUGGUGGGACCCUGUGAUGUACGAGCAGAAACAUAUGGAAUGGGAGCACAAGGAGCAGGAUGCGCUGGAACACCUCUACGAAGCACAGCCCUACCUGCGGAGCCACAUCGCCUUUCUGGACCAGCGCAUGAUCAACUCUUUCCCGAGCGGCGCAUGCGCGGUCCCCGUGUCGGAUGAGGAGCAGGAGCUCAUCAAGAAAGGCAAGCAUCAUCAGCCGCUCGACAAACGGUACCACUACAACAAGGCGGAUCGCGACUUUAUGGUCAACAUGGCGGGCUGUGAGUGGGGCAGGGACUGUUGGAGUGAGAUGUACGCCUAUCGAGAGCUAAGUAAUUGGAUGAACCGCACGUGGUGGAAGCAGUUCGAAGAUGCCAUCAGUGGGCUGUGGAAGAAGCUCAAUGCGCCUCGGGUGGUCGAGGCGGAGAAGAACAACGACGCCUAG